AUGAAAGUUGCACCUGGGGCUUUAAUCUACAGUGCACCUGAAGCACGCGCUACAAACCAAACAGUCCAGGUUAGCUCAGAUUGAUGAUCUUAAUUCACUUUUUUGACUCGAUGAGAUUAUUCGUACUUUUUUAUUCCAAUUUAUUUUAUGUACUAUACCUUUAGACAUCGUAACAUUUUGAUGGAAAGUAAUAUAUAAGCCUCCUUUCUUUGUAACUGGGCAUUUUUUCCCGGGUAGUUCUCUUCUUUACGAUGGCCGCCUUUUUUACCUCAGUUUUGGAACUAAAUCUUUCCAAAGUUGAACCACCAGUCGAAAAAAUUGCUUUCCUCAUAUAGAAAUGGUGCUCUUAUAUGUAAAAGACAUUUUUCAAAAGUAAUAAUCUGAAAAGUAAGAGUUGUCUCACUAAUUCAUAGUUUGUUCGAUAAUGGGCAAGUGCCUUCGCUGUGAAAUAUAGAUAACAGUGACGGUUACUGGCCUGAGUCUUUUUAACCUUAUUAGAAGCUCAAAGACACUUUAAAGUGAGAGAGGAAACAAUGCUUGAAUGUUGUUUCCUCCCUCACCUCAAAGUGCAGGAGGGGAUCUCUUGGGAAAAGGCUAAAAACGAAUCAUCUCUGUUACUGCAUUCGCCGUUAAAAGCGUUGGUUUAAUGAGAUUCCCAUGCAGCAAGAGUUACUUUCUUCAUAUUCCGCCUAUUCUAGGAAUUUUCCCACAAUAGCCUUAAAAGCAUGCACGAUGUUGCAUCUCUCUGUGCUGUCAUUUAUUUCUUCAUUUUCUGUGGUCAGGUUGAUGUCUACAGUUUUGGUGUACUUCUUUGUGAGAUGUCCAUCCGUGAAUUACCAGAUCCUGAAAGACGAGAACAACAAGUAGCAAUGUUGGCAAACAAUGUGCUUCGAGCUCUUAUCCGAGGAUGUCUGGAAACAGACCCUCAAGCCAGACCAACUAUGGAAGAAAUAAUUAAUGAAAUAGAACCGGAAGUGCAAGGCACCUUUUGA